UCUAGACCAACCGUGUUUCAAUUUACCUUUAGACCAAUUGAGUUACAAUUUAUCAGACUGCAUCUGCUCUUUUAGGUGCAAAAGUCUGCACAAAUUUGGGUGAAAUUGAUGUGAUUAAGAAGUGCUUGAGAGAAUGGGAGAUUGGCACCCGGCAACAAGAGGUGCGGGCAACGAUGAUGAAAUACCAGGGGACGCAAAAACCGAACCGGCAAAACUCAAUGGGCUUAACGUCACAACAGGGCCAAUUUUCUUGCACGGCGAAUUGGACAUGUACAUCGUGGAGGCCAAAUCACUCCCAAACAUGGACCUGGCCUCGGAGAGAAUGAGGCAGUGCUGCUCCAUGCUGGGGCCAACCUGCGCGCCUGCGUUACGCGGGCGGCAGCCUGUCGCCGCUCGCUCCUCGGGGAAGCACUCAAUGAUCACGAGUGACCCUUACGUGUCCGUCUGCCUGGCGGGGGCCACGAUUGCUCGGACCAGGGUGAUCCCAAACUGCGAGAACCCCAUGUGGGACGAGCGGUUCUGCGUCCCCGUGGCGCACCCGGUCGUGAAGGUGGAGUUCCAUGUGAAGGACAAUGACGUGUUUGGGGCCGAGCUCAUCGGGGUUGUGGAGAUACCGGUGGCCAAGAUCGUGUCCGGCAACACGAUCAACGACUGGUUCCCGAUACUCGGCAACUUCGGGAGCCCCCUCAAGCCCUACCCGGAACUUCACGUCUCAAUCCAAUUCAGGCCGGUCAGUGACAGCCCUUUAUACAAGAAUGGUGUUGGGGUUGGGCCAAACUACGUGGGUGUCCCAAACACAUAUUUUCCACUAAGGAAAGGUGGGGACGUGACAUUGUACCAAGAUGCUCAUGUCCCUGAGGGGAAGCUGCCUCAGAUUUUGCUUGAUGAUGGGAAGAUUUAUGAGCAAGGCAGGUGUUGGGAGGACAUAUGCCAUGCCAUUGUGGAAGCCCACCACUUGAUCUACAUCAUUGGUUGGUCUAUUUAUCAUCCUGUGAGGCUUGUGAGAGAGCCCACAAGAGAAUUGCCGAAUGGAGGAGAGCUUUCAUUAGGGGAGCUCCUGAAGUACAAGUCCGAGGAAGGUGUCCGAGUAGUCCUGCUCAUCUGGGAUGACAAGACUUCACACGACAAGUUCCUCUUGAAAACGGAUGGCGUGAUGCAAACUCAUGAUGAAGAGACGAAGAAGUUCUUCCGACAUUCCGGCGUCCACUGUGUGCUUGCUCCUCGUUAUGCAAGCACCAAACUUAGCAUUUUCAAGCAACAGGUGGUGGGGACCCUGUACACGCACCACCAAAAGUGUGUGGUUCUCGACACUCAAGCCUCGGGAAACAACCGCAAAAUAACGGCUUUCAUUGGUGGGCUGGACCUAUGUGAUGGCCGAUACGAUACUCCUGAGCACAGGCUAUAUAGCGAUCUUGACACCGUCUUUAAGAAUGACAUUCACAAUCCCACAUUCACGUCCACUGUCAAUGUCCCAAGGCAACCAUGGCAUGAUCUGCAUUGCAAAGUUGGGGGACAAGCUGCGUAUGACAUAUUGAAGAAUUUUGAACAGAGAUGGAAAAAGGCGGCGAAGUGGCGCGAGUUUAAGCUGAAAAACGUCAGGCGUUGGCAUGAGAAUGCUCUCUUGAGGCUCGAAAGGAUUUCGUGGAUACUUUGUCCCUCGGCAAGCCCUGAUGGUGACAAAAAAGUUCAAGUCAAGGACGAAAACGACCCGGAAACUUGGCAUGUGCAGGUCUUUAGAUCGAUUGAUUCUGGCUCUGUAAAGGGAUUCCCUAAGAGCGUUGAAGAAGCUGCGAAGCAAAAUCUUCUCUGUGGAAAGAACUUGAAAGUAGACAAGAGCAUUCACACGGCGUACGUGAAAGCGAUUAGAUCGGCACAACACUUCAUUUACAUUGAAAACCAGUAUUUUCUUGGCUCUUCAUAUCAUUGGCCAUCAUACAAAAAUGCAGGUGCAAACAAUCUAGUGCCGAUGGAGCUGGCAUUGAAGAUCGCAAGCAAGAUCAGUGCAAACGAGCGCUUCUGUGUGUAUAUAGUGAUACCGAUGUGGCCGGAGGGUGUCCCUACCAGUGCUGCCGUGCAAGAAAUUCUCUUCUGGCAGGGACAAACCAUGACGAUGAUGUACAAAAUUAUCGCCCAGGCUCUCGAAAAAGAAGGGUUGUCACACAAGUACCAUCCAUUAGAUUACUUGAACUUCUAUUGCCUAGGCAAGCGGGAGCCCUUGUCCUCUUCCCAACCUUCAUCCCAAGCAAUGAAUCCACAAUCCGAAAAUCAUGCCGUGGCGUCGGUUCAAAAGUUUCGCAGAUUCAUGAUUUAUGUGCAUGCCAAGGGGAUGAUAGUCGAUGAUGAGUAUGUGAUCAUAGGAUCGGCAAAUAUCAAUCAAAGAUCUCUGGAUGGCUCAAGGGAUACCGAAAUCGCGAUGGGAGGUUAUCAGCCGCAUCAUACUUGGACUGGGAAAAAGAGGCAUCCGCGUGGCCAGGUUUACGGUUAUAGGAUGUCGCUUUGGGCGGAGCACUUGGGAGAUUUAGAGGACUGCUUUAGGGAACCUCAAAGCACUGAAUGUGUGAAGAGGGUGAACAAGAUAGCCAAACGGAAUUGGAAAGCUUAUAUGGACGAGGACCAACAUAAUCCCAAGGAAAUGAGAGGGCACCUGAUGCAGUAUCCGAUUCAUGUGAGCAGAGACGGUAAAGUCGGUCCUUUGGCCAGUUUCGAAACGUUUCCUGAUGUGGGAGGCAAAAUCCUUGGAUCGCCCACCACUCUUCCCGAUGCUCUCACAACAUAACCGAAUAUGUAUAUGAGUCGCAUUCGAUUAUGAGAGUGUGCGAUAUGCCAAAAUUUUCAUGUGAUUUGGUGCUAGAUUGCGCUAAUUUGAACUACUCAAUUGAAGAAAUAUGAGGAGUAGAACGAGCAAGCAUGAGCAUGACAAAGCAAGUUGUGAGUUAGAUAGAUACUCUCUACUAAUUAAAGCACGUUGUGGGCAUGACAUGCGAUGUCAUGUUGUAUAAAAUGCUUCGGAUGAGUUGAUGUU